CUUCUAUGUUAGAGAUGAAUUCGUCGGGAUUGUUCCUAAUUUCAUUUCUGGUUGGUUUAUGUAACGGUAAAGAGCAAGAAAAAUGUCGACGAGUACAGAUGAACCCCACAGUUCAGGACUUCUUCCUCGAAAAACACGUUUUUAAGAUGAUGGAGAUUAACACAGUCAGUGCAUGUAAAGCAAACUGUAUCAUAGAAGAUGACUGCAUUUCCUAUAAUCUAAAACCACAAAAGAAUGGAAAAUAUUUGUGUGAAGUAAGUGACUCAGAUCAUGAAACUAAUCCCAAGGAUCUCAGGCACAAAGAAGGAUCCGUUUAUAAAUCAUUUAAGAAUCGCUGUUCCAGUGCUCUUUGUCCAUCAAGCAAGCGAUGCCAAACUGGUUUCACCAGUAAAGGUUGUCGUUGUGUUUACACAAAUGGACAAAUGGAAGAUAACUGCACUGAAGGUGUUCUAGGACCACCUUUGGUGCGAGUUGUUCCCCACAUAAUUGAAACUGUGGAGGGCAGGAAUGUUACUGUAAUGUGUAACGUGACAGCUAAUCCUAAACCAGACAGGAUCACAUGGAGCAAGUCAGAAGGGAUUAUUUCCAGCACGAUAGGCAUAGUUAAUAAAGGAAAUCUCACCAUACUAAAUAUCAGUACACAAGAUAACGGCUCCUACCGUUCAGUCUCCUUAGAUGAUGUUGCUGUUUUCAUGGCAACUACCCUUAAAAACCAGCUUCCUUUCAGCAGGAAACAACAGUGGAACGCUUACGAAAAUUUAUUAGCAGUUCACGAGCUUCUCUGA